AUGGGCUGCGUUGCAACGCCAAGUGCGUGCCUUGACGGACCAGAGCGGGUGAAAAGGAACCUCGCCUGGCGUGCCAGGUAUUGGUGGUCAACCAAGAAUACAUUUGUCAUGAAACUGCUGUUUGCCGUAAUCGUUCUUACAUGGAAGGUGUCUUCUAUCACUGCAUCAUGUCCAGAUGGUCUGGAACCAAGCUUCUGCUACCGUAAUUCUUUUAUUCCGCAACUAUAUUGCCACGGCGUGGAGCUACAAAGCCAGUGGGUUUGUGAUAAGAGAAGUAAAGGAAGUUGUGUUUGUCCGGCUCCACUCCAUAGAAAAAGAGAUGGAACAUGCGUGCCCAAGGACAGAUGCGAAGACGUGACGGUAGAAGUUGAAAAUAGACCUCAAGAACCACCCCCAAAGAGUACCGAUUCUCCUUAUGAAAUACCUGAUGAUCUGCAGGGAUCUAAAGAAGAUUUCGCCAACCUUCAAAAGUUCAUUAAGAGCAAUCAAACUAUAUAUCUCCUAACGGUUGAUAGCACCAAGUGGCCCUAUGCUCUGCACGGUUACUGCAUUUGUUUGAAGUCAGCAUUUAUUAGCGAUACUGCCUCCGGAGCACUGCGAACGGUGGAUUGCUACAAGGACGUGCAACUAAUGGAGGCUCAUUACUCAGUCAUGAUGAAACAGGGUGAAGCAGACUUUGAGGCUCAUUCUGAAUAUGGACGCCUGAAAGUUGUGCUCAAAAUUCAUGACAACGGAACAUCUCAUUCAACAUCUAAUGAGGUUGAGUUACAAGAGACAUUCAUUGUUCUAGAUGUUACCGAGAAUUGCUUACUACUGCAGUAUGGUUCUUGGAGACAAGAACUACAAUGCAUGAUGUGGGUUUUUGAUAUCGGCCAAAUCAAGAACACAAGAUGUUACAGCAAUAUGCUGAACAAUUGCAGAAAGGAUAUUAAAGAUGUUUGUGGCGUCGUUGGAUCAAAAAGAGGUUCUGACGCGGAAGGGAGCACGUCUGACUACCCAAAUGAUGUUACCAAAGACAACCGUCGGGUCAAGGAAUUUGCUCGUCAGACAACUUCCACUAGUGUUUUAGGGUUUCUUCAGAGCACUCAAGCUAUUCACCUGCAAAUGAUGAGCUUGGAUGACUGGAUGAAUACAGACUGCGAGUGUGUAAUGUCUGAAUUACUUCAUAAUAAUCCUGAUGGACUAACACGUACGUUACAGUGCUACAUAAACGCAAAAAUCCUAAUUGCUUCCGAAAGGCAGAACACAAUUCCAAUGGAGAAAAUUAUAACAAUAGAAGAGACAGUGAAAUUUCAAAUUACACGCAGUGGUGGAAUGCGGAGCGUCGCCCUGAAGACCAUGUCAGAGGAUGCUCCGAGUGAUGACCCAUCAAAGCAGUUUCCUCACAAAUACCUUGUUCUAGCGGCCCAGAGUAAUUGUCUGCUUCUGUCAUAUGGCCAAUCAAACAAUGGAGGACGGAACUGCCUGCUGUGGGGGUUAUCAAGCCAAGGAGUGAACACGAGCACUGUAUGCUAUAAGGUGCUCGAGUCGCUAUGCGGCAAGAACACAUACGACAUAACCGAAACUGAAAACCCGUGCCACCUGUAUGACGUCUACGAGUAAAAACGCCCAAAAUUAUGGAAGAAUGAAUAAACGUCUAAUCAAGC